UUGCGGACAGCGUGGGAGAAAUCAGCACCCCCUUUCGCCGCCUCCAGCUCAUGGACACGGCUCAAAGAACUCAUGCCAGUGGAACUUACGGCUUCCUUGAUCGGACUCAGCAUUCAGAUAUCAAAGCAGACUGCAAUACCUGUGUGGAAAUAGAGGACAGAAAGGUUUCAAGACAACAGAUGAAUUGUGAAAGAGAGCAGCUAAGGGGUAAUCAGGAAGCAGCAGCUGCCCCGGACACAAUGGCUCAGCCUUACGCUUCAGCCCAGUUUGCUCCCCCUCAGAACGGCAUCCCGGCGGAAUACACGGCCCCUCACCCCCACCCCGCGCCCGAGUACACGGGCCAGACCACCGUCCCUGAGCACACGUUAAACCUGUACCCUCCCGCCCAGACGCACUCGGAGCAGAGCGCAGCGGACACCAGCGCGCAGACCGUGUCAGGCACCGCCACACAGACAGAUGACGCGGCACCAACGGAUGGCCAGCCCCAGACACAACCUUCUGAAAACACAGAAAACAAGUCCCAGCCCAAGCGGCUGCAUGUCUCCAACAUCCCCUUCAGGUUCCGGGAUCCCGACCUCCGACAAAUGUUUGGCCAAUUUGGUAAAAUCUUAGAUGUUGAAAUUAUUUUUAAUGAGCGAGGCUCAAAGGGAUUUGGUUUCGUAACUUUCGAAAAUAGUGCCGAUGCGGACAGGGCGAGGGAGAAAUUACACGGCACCGUGGUAGAGGGCCGUAAAAUCGAGGUAAAUAAUGCCACAGCACGUGUAAUGACAAAUAAAAAGACUGUCAACCCUUAUACAAAUGGCUGGAAAUUGAAUCCAGUUGUGGGUGCGGUCUACAGCCCCGAGUUCUAUGCAGGCACGGUGCUGCUGUGCCAGGCAAACCAGGAGGGAUCUUCCAUGUACAGUGCCCCCAGUUCACUUGUAUAUACUUCCGCAAUGCCCGGCUUCCCGUAUCCAGCCGCCACCGCCGCGGCCGCCUACCGAGGGGCGCACCUGCGAGGCCGUGGCCGCACCGUGUACAACACCUUCCGCGCUGCGGCGCCCCCGCCCCCGAUCCCGGCCUAUGGCGGUGUUGUUUACCAGGAUGGAUUUUAUGGUGCAGACAUUUAUGGUGGUUAUGCCGCAUACCGCUACGCCCAGCCGACCCCUGCCGCUGCCGCUGCCUACAGUGACAGUUACGGACGAGUUUAUGCUGCCGACCCCUACCACCACACACUUGCUCCAGCCCCCACCUACAGCGUUGGUGCCAUGAAUGCUUUUGCACCCUUGACUGAUGCCAAGACUAGGAGCCAUGCUGAUGAUGUGGGUCUCGUUCUUUCUUCAUUGCAGGCUAGUAUAUACCGAGGGGGAUACAACCGUUUUGCUCCAUACUAAAUGACAAAACCAUUAAAACCUUCCAAUGUGGGGAGAGAGGAAGCUUUCCGAGGCCUGGGUAUUGCAAUACACGCAGUAGUACAUCAUUUUAGCAGCUCUAAAAAUUAAAAAAAAAAAAAAAAAAGAGGAAAAAAAAUUACAUUUUUUAUCUUAUACCUCAGAUAUUUUGUUCUGUGUAUUUUAAUAUUGUGGGUCUUUAAUUUCUGAAGGUUCCGUAGUUUGGUUGCUGGCUGUAGGAGUUUUUGUGGUUGAACUAGAGAGACGCUAGCUAUGAAUAAAAACCGGUUUAGGGCCAUAUCCAGAGUGCUAUAUCAUGUACAUGAAUUCUAUAUGCUGAAUCUUAAGCUACUGGGGUUAUCAGCUGUCUGGGAAGAGUGUAAGUGACUACAAUAGUCAUUUUUUUCUGCAUCUGCUUUAUUUUAUUUUACGAGCGGGGAAGGGUGGGGGGGGGAGGGUCUUAGGGGACGGGGACCGGGAUUUGGGCUAAAAGGAAACCCAGAAUAGUAACUGACGAAUCCAAACGACCCACUGCACCAACAAUCAUAUGUCAGCGGUUCUAAGUUACUCAUUGAGUUCAAGCCAAAGGUUAUGUUGUUUAAGGGAGUGCUUCUCCAAGCACUUUGUGCAUCCAAGUUGAAGUUGAAUGAAGCUGUGCAAACCCACCCUUUAAACCAUUCCACUUGGCCGUAUUCAGCUUCUCAACCAGCCGCUAGUUAUUUAGGCAAAAACUGCUAGUUAGGCCAUCAACAAGCAUUCUUUUUAUAUUUCUUCCAGUAUAAUAAAUUAUUGAUAUCAUUGCUGACUUUUAUAUUACGGGAGGGAAAAAAAAAUAACAUUAAUAAAAAGGUGAUAAAAAAGCACUGUUUCUAUUUUUUUCUUUUUUUCCAAAAAAAGAAAGUAAUAAAAACUUAAAUUCUUUGUACCAGUUAAAAAAAAAAUGUAUAAAAUUUACAUCUGUGCAGUGGCGUUGUUAAGUUCUAGAAACAGUCUAUGAAGCUUUAGUUUUAGCCUAGUAGAGCAACUGUUAGAGACAGAUGUAUAAUUUUUAUGGAAUUACAUGAUAAUCAUAUUCGGAUUUAUAGAAGCAUUUUACAAGUAUUGCAAUCAUUGAGUAGAGAUAAUCAUGGUAUUUUCAUCAGCUUGGUACUUUUUGAAACAUGACUGUGUUGUGUGAACAAUCUGCAAUUUUUCCGUCCGUGAGAGCCUGCCUUCCUCCUCCUCCUCCUCCUCCUCCUCCUGGUCCCCAAGGAGUCUCUCAAACCAGAAUCUUUAGUUCCGUCUCCAAGGCCCAGGACAUUCGUCAGAAGGAAGCAAAAAAAGUAGGUUUCCCCCUCCUCUCCCCAUACCCCGCCCCCUCACCCCC